AUGACAUGUGAUAAUUUAAAAUGGGUACUCCGGUCCUUAAGAGCUUUUAACGCACCAGCCAUAACUGUUGAAGACAACAAACCUUCGGUAGUAUCUGAUCAGUUUCGUGCUGCGGUUGCUGAACCUGACUUGCUUAUUCGGGUCCUUAACUCAGUUCGAGACCGACCCGUCAUCGCCCUGCGGUUCUUUCGAUGGGCCGAGGGGCAACCUGGUUUCAAGGGAUCUGAGUUAGCUUUUGUUGUUAUUCUUGAGAUUCUCGCGAUUAACAAUAUGACGAGGUCUGUGUGGUGGGUUAUGGAGAAGGUGAUUAGCGCGAAAAUGGAUGGUGUUGUGGAUGUUUUGGUAAAUGGGCACGUUUCUUAUGAGGUAUCGGUUAAGCUUCUUGAUUUGUUGCUUUGGAUUUACUCCAAAAAAUCCAUGCUUGAGAAGUGCUUGUUGGUUUUUUAUAAGAUGAUUCAUAAUGGGUUGUUGCCUGAUGUGAAGAAUUGCAAUAGGGUUCUUAGGAUGCUUAGGGAUAGGGAAAUGGUGAACAGAGCUAGAGAAGUUUAUAAUGUGAUGGUGGAGUGUGGGAUAAGGCCUACAACUGUUACUUAUAAUACCAUGUUGGAUUCGUUUUGCAAGGAAGGGGAGGUUCAGCAAGCUUUGGAGCUUAUGUUUCAGAUGCAACAGAGAGGGUGUUCUCCUAAUGAUGUAACCUAUAAUGUUUUGGUGAAUGGUUUGUCUAACAAAGGGGAGUUACAGCAGGCCAAAGAACUGAUUGAGGAGAUGUUGAAAUUGGGACUGAAGGUUUCUGCUUAUACAUAUAACCCCUUGAUUCGUGGGUACUGUAAGAAAGGGUCGUUUGAAGAAGCGUUGAAUCUUGGGGCGGAGAUGUUGAGUAGAGGAGCUUUGCCUACGGUAGUGACCUACAAUACAAUUAUGUAUGGUCUUUGUAAGUGGGGAAGAGUGAGUGAUGCAAGGCAGCUAUUAGCUGCUAUGGUAAAUAAGAAUCUGAUGCCGGACGUAGUUUCAUAUAACACUCUAAUUUACGGUUACAGCAGGUUGGGCAACUUAGGGGAGGCUUUUCUCUUAUUUGUUGAGUUGAAAUACAGAAGUCUUGUUCCGACUGUCGUGACCUAUAAUACACUUAUAGAUGGUUUUUGCAGAUUGGGGGACUUGGAUGUUGCCAGGCAGCUUAAAGAUGAUAUGAUCAAACAUGGGCCUAAGCCUGAUGUAUUUACUUUUACAAUUCUUGUUAGAGGAUUUUGCAUGAUGGGAAACUUGCCAAUAGCUAAGGAACUAUUUGAUGAGAUGCUGCAUAGUGGGUUGCAGCUAGAUCGUUUUGCAUACAUAACUCGAAUAGUAGGUGAACUGAAGCUUGGUGACUCAUCUACGGCUUUUGGCAUGCAAGAAGAAAUGCUAGCCAAAGGCUUUCCUCCUGAUUUGAUCACAUAUAAUGUUUUCAUCAAUGGGCUCUAUAAAUUGGGCAAUUUGCAAGAAGCAAGUGAACUCGUGCACAAAAUGCUCGAUGAUGGACUUGUUCCAGAUCACGUAACAUAUACUAGCAUCAUCCAUGCUCACUUGAUGGCUGGGCAUCUUAAGAAGGCUAGAGUGGUGUUCUAUGAGAUGUUGAGCAAAGGAAUAUUUCCUUCGGUUGUCACUUACACAGUUUUGAUUCAUUCAUACGCAGUUAGGGGAAGGCUGGAACCUGCAAUUAUGUACUUCUUUGAGAUGCAAGAGAAGGGUGUUCAUCCAAAUGUGAUCACCUACAAUGCUUUAAUCAAUGGACUUUGCAAAAUGAGAAAGAUCAAUCAGGCAUACAAAUUUUUUAUGGAAAUGCAAGCAAAGGGUAUUUCUGCAAAUAAGUAUACCUACACUAUUUUAAUAAACGAGAACUGCAACAUAGGCCAUUGGCAGGAAGCUUUAAGGUUGUAUAAGGAUAUGCUAGAUAGAGAAAUACAGCCUGAUUCUUGUACACAUAGUGCACUAUUGAAGCAUCUAAACAAAGACUAUAAAUUGCAUGCCGUUCAGCAUCUUGAGAAUGUAAUUGGAGGUGGUUAAUAAACUUCUGAUGUAAAGAUGAAGGAAUGAUUAUUUGUUUUUGGCAUUCCCACAUGACUAAUGAGUGAAAGACAUCCCUACAUCUGGAUGGGAUUUUUCUCAUUGAGGUGUAAAUUUCCCCAGACAUAAUCUCGUACUUGUCAUGGGUGAAGAUGCCAAUGGAUGUUUAUCGUGAUUAAGAUGGGCAAACUUCAACUAUUUACAUUUUUUCUCAUGUUACAUCCAAUGGCUAGUUGUAGCGACCUACGGGGUGGAGAUGUAUAAGCCGAAACCUUCAGUCCCAAUUUCAACAUCUCCUCAAUUAGUUCCUUGGCCUGCUUGAACUCCCCUUUGUUAAAUAAACCAUUCACCAAAACAUUAUAGGUU